AUGGUACACGUCUAUGACUCUGGGGAUCCAAACCUGCCAGAUCUACCGAGGAAUCUAUUGUUUACAAACCCAAGCGAUGAGUAUUCUGACGAUGAGCAAGGGCAUCCAUUAAGUGAUGUUGAAACACAUGAAGCGACGUCGCAGGAACAGCCGAUGCAGAGUGAGUCCAAUCAACAGAGGGCAGAGCCAACAAGGCUAUAUCAAUCAACAACACAUGCCUCGUACAGGAAAAGAAGGAACAGAAGGAAGAAAAAGGAUAGGAAAUAUGACGAUUCGUCCUAUUCUGCAAGCGCAGCAAGGCAGAGAAUCUCAUGGGAACCUGGCGUUGAUAUCAACACCACGGAGGUGAUAAUCUCAUCCAUUGGGUCUGCUGUUACGAUAACUGACUAUAGCCACGAUCGGUAUCGUGUUGAGCAUGUUGAGGUGUUUUCAAAUACACCAGAUGGUUCAGAUGUCGAUACUGAUGGUAGCACUGGGUCAUCCACUAUGAAGAGUGAAGAGCAGCAUCAGAAACAGCACAGCUCGAAAGUUGAAGACUCUGUUAACAAAUUGAGGCAGUGCCUGGAUAGCAGGCCUCAGUGGUCAAAGAUACGGUGGAUCAACGUCAAUGGCUUGUCAUGGGAAGCCAUCGCAGCCUUGGGACAGAAGUAUAACUUGCACAGGUUAGCAAUUGAAGAUAUGAUAGAUAUCCCUCAGAGAACAAAAAUUGACUUUUAUCCAGGUUUGAUAUUUGGAGUGGUUCCAUUGGUCAAGCUCGUGAGGAAGGUGGAAAUUGGCAAUGACUUGAUCGAUACAGCUUCUAAAUGGGAAAGAAUUAAGAGUAUGUUCAGCUUACACUUACAGACGACCAGCGAGCCUGAUAUCCAUCACGAGACUCAGUCUGACGCUAAGAUUUCAUUAACUGAACAGAUUCCACACAGACAUGAACCUCGCCGGCUGAACGAUAGUUUCAAUCCAACAAAGUACUCUAAACGUCGAACUAAGCUACUGGACGACCAAAGACCUUUGAGUUAUAGAAAGCUAUUCGUCGGCGUUGAACAAUGCUCAUUCUUUAUGCUGGAUGGUAUAAUCAUCUCUUUUUUCGAAUCCUCCGGUGAUGACAUUGAGAGUGCCAUACUGACUCGUAUCUCAUCUGACGAAACCAUCCUGAGGGUGUCCUGUGACGUUUCUAUCCUAUUAGAAGCGAUCCUGGAUGCCAUUGUGGAUAUCACAUAUCCUGUCAUCACUGCGUAUAGGAAAAGACUCUCAGAGUUGGAAGUUGACAUACUGACCAAUCCAGAUUUGAGACAUACACAGAUGUUACACCUCAUGAGUGGUGAACUGAAUCGCUUGAAGAGAGCCAUAUUCCCAACAUCCACAAUGAUUAACUCCCUCAGAGACCUUUCAAGGGCAAGCUACAUCAUUUCACCACUGUGUGAUGUGUACUUGGCUGAUAUAGUUGAUCAUACGAUGAUGUUUACAGAUGAAAUAGAAGGGAUGGUGUCGAAUGUUGAGAACUUGAUCCAGCUCAUGUUUAAUACAAUCUCUACAGAUACGAACGAAGCCAUGAAGAAGUUGUCGCUCGUUACCGUCAUCUUCUUGCCAUUGAGUUUUUGGACUGGUUAUUACGGUAUGAAUUUCAAGAGCUUUGGAGAUUUGGACCAUAAUGUGAGCUACUAUUGGAAAGUUGCUGCUCCCUUCAGUGUUGGUUUGAUGAUUAUUAUCACCUGGAGCUUCUCCAGACGAUCAUUCUCCAAAUACAAACGUAUUAUUCGUAAGAAGAUCAACGACUUCAAGACUGAAAGGGAUAUUAAGAGGGAAAAGGAAAAGGUGAGACAGUAUAGAUUAAAGGUAAUGCAGAGUCGAAAACCGACACACCACGGUGUGAAGCGUGGUCGAGUUGAUAACACCAUGGUUUGA